AUGAAAGUUCUUGCUCGAGGAUCAAUCAGAGAAGCCCCAAAUCCGAUAACGUGGUUGAACGGCCUCAUCUCCUUGCAAGCCAGCGGGGGCUGGGACACCUCGGAUGUCAUCCGUGCUUGGAACGACGGGGCAGCUGCCCGUGACAGGCUGACGGGCCAGCGUUUUAUGACGGUCCGUAAUAUACUAGAAUUGGAAGGGGAGGCUGUGCUUCUGAUCGACCAAUCUGUUUCCUACUCAGGAUCGCCCUACUCAGAGGAGAAUCUCAGUUCGAAGAAGCUGCUCCCGGGCUGGCAGUUCAAAGGAGCUAAAGUGACGAAGCAAAGCAACUGGGCCCGCUACGGCCUGGUCACCAGGGAAUCUGCUACCUACACCCUCCAGUACACCAACAAUGUGUUCGGGGGGAUGCCGAAAACACUUCGUCAGAAGCCGACGAAAACAACUCUGGAGCAGAGAAGUGAGUUCUGUGCAUUGGCCGUGGCUUUGCGAGAGGACCUCGUCAAGGAGAUCCCGAACAUUGAAGAUUACAUCAACAAGAGGUGGCUGAAACGGCUCGCUGCGGGCGACGUCGCCUUGGAAGUAGAGCUGGGUGCUGCGUGUGCUUCGAAAGAUCCGGGGUUCGGGCCAAGGAGUUGCGACAGCUUGCGACAACUCGUGGAUGAGUUCAACGGUGGCCGGCCUGGUGCUCAGCCCAAGGGUGCAGCCAGCGUGAACCUGGACAAAGCACAGAUGGAGUUGGAUGCAACCACUUUUGCUUUGCUGAAGCAAGAGAUCGAGUUCGACCUACAGUCGUUCCAAGUAUUUCUAGCAAACACAGCAAGCCACGACUCGACGGUGGCUCACCAAAAGAAUUUGUGGCGGCGAAAGCUGCACGACGAAGCGAUGGGAGCAGCAGAAGCUUAUCUGGAUCGGCAUGCUACUUGCUACGAAUAA